AUGGUGGGCGGUGCCGUCGGAGCUCGAAUUUUUGUCCCUUUUUGCAUGGGUUUUUCAGACACUUCGCCACGUUUUCCUAUCACCGAAGAUACUAGAUUUCUAAUCUUACACACACCAAAGACCUUUCAUAAAGUUUCACCUUUUCUAGUUCAAAAAUUGAUCACUUCAUUUAUUGGUGAUGUUAAAUCUACAAAAAAACUUCCAUCUGGGGAUCUUUUAAUUGAGACCUCAUCAAAAGCUCAGAUUGCUGCUAUACAGAAAUUAACAAAACUUGGAGACUUCCCUGUAGAGGUAACUCCUCACAGGACGCUGAAUUUUUCUAGAGGGGUCAUCUCUGAUAUAGAUCUUUUUGAUUGUUCAGAGACUGAACUCGUUCAGGAAUUACGUUCUCAAAAAGUUUGUGCAGCUCAUCGUAUAAAAAUUAAACGCAACGGCACAUUGAUUCCAACAAAACAUGUCAUUCUGACCUUCAGUAGUCCAGAACUUCCGAAAUUUAUACGAGCUGGCUACGUACAAUCCAAAGUUAAACCUUAUGUUCCUAAUCCUCUGCGUUGCUUCAAAUGUCAGAGAUUCGGACAUUCACAGGGAACUUGCCGUGGCAGCCUUAGAUGUGCUAAAUGCUCAGCUGAUGACCAUGAAACGUCAGUUUGUAGCUCUCAAGCUUUGAAAUGUUUAAACUGCUCUGGACCCCACCCUGCUUAUUCUCGUGAUUGUCCUAAAUGGAAGAUGGAGAAAGAAAUCCAAAGCCUGAAAGUUAAAAGAAAUAUCACCUAUGCAGAAGCGAGAAAGUUUGUUUUAGACAGGACACCUAAACCUGGCCUUUCUUAUAGUGGAGCCAUGAAAUCAACAUUAAAAUGUACUGGCUCUCAGACAGAGAUUACAGACAUUAUAACUACGAACACGUGUUCUUGUAAACAUUUGGCUCAGGAAUCAGUUAAGAUCAAUAACUUUCAAAAAACUGAAACCAGCCGAAAUCAAGCUUCUACUUCGACAAAAAAUUCUCCACCUCUUUCUCAAUCCAAAGAUUCUGAAUUUUCUUUGGCUCGUUUCCCUAAGAAGAAACGCAAGAAAGCAAAAUCUCCAAGUGCCAAAAGAUCUGACACUGAGAUCCCUCCUAAACCUCCAGAUAUCCCUACUACUUCAGAUUCUGUUCUAUCAAUUUGUCCAUCUACAUCUGAUAUCUCUGAUGUAGAAAUGGAUCAACAUUUUCCUAAUAAAUCGCCCCCAGGAGGCCAUACGUAG